AUGCUGCUCUCGCUGCCGCUCCUCGCGUGCGCCGCUGUCCGACUCGCGCUCGCUUUCCCUCAGCCGGCAAAGCUCACAAAGGACAUCGAGCACGACCCGAGCGUUGUCAAGACCCCCGACGGCACCUACAUCCUCGUCGGCACCGGCAAGGCGAUCCCGACCUUUGCCUCGACCGACCGUCUCUCCUGGACCAAGGUCGGCGACGCGUUCCCGGAUGGCGCGCCCGAGGCAGCGCUCGCCCUCGCCGGCAACAAGGACGUUUGGGCCCCCGACAUCUCGUUCGUCAACGACAUCUACAUCCUGUACUACUCGACGUCGACGUUCGGGACGCAGAAAAGCGCCAUCUGGCUCGCGACGUCGCCGACCGGGCUGCCCGGCAGCUGGACCGACAAGGACAAGGUCCUCGAGUCGAAGGAGGGCGACCCGUACAACGCCAUCGACGCGCACCUCUUCGUCUCGUCCAACGGCUCUCGACAUCUCGUCUGGGGCUCGUACUGGAGCGGCAUCUUCCUCGGCAACGUCGACGCCAAGACGGGCCUCCUCACGUCCGACGAGUUCGUCAACCUCGCCGCACGACCAGGGGCGGGCGUGAUCGAGGCGCCGUGGUUGUACGAGCGCGACGGCGUCUUCUACCUGUUCACCUCGUGGGACCAAUGCUGCGAAGGCACCAAGUCGACGUACCACAUGCGGGUCGCCACCUCUCGGUCGCUCGUCGGGCCCUACCUCGACUCGCACGGCAAGGCCGCCCUCGAGGGCCACAUGACGCUCCUCAUGGACAGCCACGACGACGUGUACGGGCCCGGCGGACAGUCGCUCCUCGACGACGACGACGGCGUCCUUCUCGUGUACCACCGGUACUUUGGCACGGGCUCGACGGGCUUGCUCAGCCUCAACGUGCUUGACUUCUGAGCUCGUCGUAGAGAAGGCGCAAUCGAGCGCGAGUUGAGAAGCAGAGGGUCCGAGCGACAGAGAGAGUCGACGUCCGGCUCUCGCGUCGGCGCUCGCCUCGCUUCACGUCUCUCGUCGCAAGCCUG